CGCAAAAUCCCAACCUCCGCUUGAGUGACAGGGCGCCGGCUUUUCCUCGUUGUCCUUUUUUUUAUUUUAAAAAAAGCCCUAACCUCCGGACGCAAGGGUAAUGAUUUAUCAAACUCUUAUUAUCACGAAAAUGUCACACGAAAGGCACCUUGCUCUACACUGACGCAAACCCUCAGUCUUUCCCUCGGAGGUAUAGAAAGCUUGGCGCUCUCGCCCGCCUCCUGCUUUGCCUUCUUCUUCUUCUGCUGCUGCUGUUCUCGCUCGGCCAAACCAAUCCCCCCUCUCCCGACGCUCCUUCCAGCCGAUGCUGUUGUAGAGAUGGAUUCCGCAGGCCUCAAGGAGAUGAGCCAACAGCCGCCGGCCAACAGCCCGGACCCGGUGUCCCCCAGGCCCGCGGCCCUGAUCCGCAACAGCCCCGAAAGCGAGCAGCCGCCCAAGAACCCUCCCUCGCACGUCCCCUCGCAGCUGGCCCAAGUGGCCACGGCGCUCUCGGAGGAGGCCCGGGUGGGCAUCUGCCUGGCGGCCCCCGCGCAAGGCCCCCGAGAGGCCCCCAGCCAGGAGCCCCGCGGCGCCGCCUGGCCCCCCAAGAGCGCCGCCCCGUCGGCCCCCUCCUCGGCCCCCUGCAAGAUCGCCCCGCUGCAAAGCGCCGAGGGCGGCGGGGAGGGAGGCCCCGCCGGGGGCAAGGCCGGCCUGGAGCAGAACAACGCCUGGAUCAACAUGAGCCAGAGCACCGUGGUGCUGGGCACCGAUGGCAUCACCUCUGUCCUCCCUGGCAGUGGCAGGGUCCCUGAGCAAACAGAAGAUGACGAAGGGGACGAAAACAAAGCCCGGGGAAACUGGUCUAGCAAGCUGGAUUUCAUCCUCUCCAUGGUGGGUUAUGCAGUAGGGCUGGGAAAUGUCUGGAGAUUCCCGUACCUGGCCUUUAAGAAUGGGGGAGGUGCAUUCCUUAUUCCCUAUUUGACAAUGUUGGCUUUGGCUGGGGUUCCUAUCUUUUUCUUGGAGGUUUCUCUGGGGCAGUUUGCAAGUCAGGGCCCUGUAUCUGUUUGGAAAGCCAUCCCUGCCUUACAAGGUUGUGGCAUUGCUAUGCUGAUUAUCUCUGUCCUAAUAGCCAUAUAUUACAAUAUUAUAUUGUGCUACACACUUUUCUACCUUUUUGCAUCCCUUGUAAAUGUGUUACCUUGGGCUUCCUGUAACAAUCCAUGGAACACUCCAGAUUGUAGAGAUAAAGACAAACUUUUGUUAGAUUCCUGUAUCAUUGGUGACCGGCCCAAAUUACAAAUAAAGAACUCCACUUUCUGUAUGAGUGCCUAUCCAAACUUGACAAUGGUAAAUUACACCACCAGCCAUGUCAACAAAACCUUUGUCAGUGGCAGUGAAGAGUACUUCAAGUACCACGUAUUGAAGAUUUCAGCAGGGAUUGAAUAUCCUGGUGAAAUCCGAUGGCCUUUGGCACUGGCUCUCUUUCUGGCUUGGGCAAUCGUGUAUGCCUCCCUGGCUAAAGGAAUAAAGACUUCAGGAAAAGUGGUGUAUUUUACUGCUACAUUCCCUUAUGUAGUGCUUAUCAUCCUGCUCUUCAGAGGAGUAACCCUUCCAGGAGCCGGGGCUGGAAUCUGGUACUUCAUCACACCUAAGUGGGAGAAACUAACUGAUGCUAUGGUGUGGAAGGAUGCUGCCACUCAGAUCUUUUUCUCUUUGUCUGCGGCAUGGGGUGGUCUGAUUACUUUGUCUUCCUAUAACAAAUUUCAUAACAAUCUAUACAGGGACACCUUGAUAGUAACUUGCACCAACAGUGCCACGAGUAUAUUUGCAGGCUUUGUCAUUUUUUCAGUUAUUGGAUUCAUGGCAAAUGAGCUCAAAGUUGACAUUGAAGAUGUUGCAGACCAAGGUCCUGGAAUUGCCUUUGUAGUAUAUCCUGAAGCCUUAACUCGGCUUCCUCUUUCUCCAUUCUGGGCUAUUAUUUUCUUCUUGAUGCUCCUAACACUUGGCUUGGACACCAUGUUUGCCACUAUUGAGACAAUAGUGACAUCAGUUGCAGACGAGUUUCCAAAGUACUUACGUACCCACAAGCCUCUGUUCACUCUUGGAUGCUGUGUUUCCUUUUUCAUCAUGGGCUUUCCUAUGAUCACUCAGGGUGGAAUGUACAUGUUGCAGCUUGUGGACACCUAUGCAGCUUCUUACUCUCUGGUUAUAAUAGCCAUUUUUGAACUUGUUGGCAUUUCAUACAUUUAUGGCUUGCAAAGAUUUUGUGAAGAUAUAGAGAUGAUGAUUGGAUUCCAGCCAAGCAUAUUCUGGAAAGUCUGUUGGGCUUUUGUGACCCCAACAAUUUUAACAUUCAUCCUUUGCUUCAGCUUUUACCAGUGGGAACCAAUGACUUAUGGCAGCUACCACUAUCCAGGAUGGUCCAUGGUACUUGGAUGGUUGAUGCUGGCUUGCUCUGUUAUCUGGAUUCCUAUUAUGUUUGUUAUAAAAAUGCACAUAGCUCCUGGCAAAUUUAUUGAGAGGCUCAAGCUGGUCUGCUCUCCACAACCGGAUUGGGGACCAUUCUUGGCUAAGCAUCGUGGGGAACGUUACCAGAACAUGAUAGACCCACUGGGAACAUCAUCUCUUGGACUUAAACUGCCACCAAAAGAUUUUGAAUUGGAGACACCAUGCUAGUAACUUUCCCACUUGUGGCCCUGUUGUACAGCCCAUUGCUUUGAUCUUUCUUUCUUUCUUUCUUUCUUUCUUUCUUUCUCUUACAGUGCCUGAAAGUGGUUGUUUAGGAAGUAAGAUUUAUUGUUGCAUGCAUACAGUAAAGAACUAAAUAGACCACUUUAAGUACUGGGAUUUAGUUCCUAUAAAGUGGUGCCCAGGAAAGAGUGCUUUCACUGUGGAACAGUGACAAUCAGUGAGUUAUAUUAGGAAAUUGUUUUUGUGAAUGUUGGGCCAAUUCUGCUCUUGGGACUAAUUAAUUUACAUAACUUAGUAAA